CUGAGAUGGCUGAGAGGAUUGUUCCAGAGAAGAAGGUGCCCCCUGGUCUAUCUAAAAAAACAGAAGCUUCACUUCCUAAAGUUCCCAAGGUGCCCAAGAAAGGUGUUCUGGAAGAGCCUACACCUGUAACUGUGCCCAAAAAGCCAGAACCGGCAGCAGUUCGAGCACCCGAGGUGCCCCGGAAGGCUGCUCGUGAGGAAAAAAUACCUGUGCCCCCUGCCAAAGCACCAGAGCUUCCAGCACCCAGAGGUACCUGUCUUCAUGGGUAACAUGUUCUUAACAAAGAACAAAGUCAAUCUUCUU